UGGGCCGGAAGCGGGCGGUGCGAGGGGAGCGUGCUGCAAGCCGCCCGCGUGAGGUGUCCCGCGCCGCUCCUCCCGUCCCGUCUCCUCCCGGCCCCGCCAGCCGCCAUGUCGCGGCGGCGGCACAGCGAUGAUAGCGAUGGGCAGCCGCACAAAAGGCGGAGGACGUCUGAGCCAUCGGAGAUCGAGGAGAGGCUCGAGUCACUCAUCUGCAGGGUCGGGGAGAAGAGUAAUUCAUCUUUGGAGAGCAACUUGGAGGGUCUCGCUGGUGUUUUGGAAGCUGAUCUGCCAAAUUACAAAAGCAAGAUACUAAGAAUACUAUGUACUGUCGCACGUCUGUUACCAGAAAAGCUUACUGUUUACACGACACUGGUUGGGUUGCUGAAUGCCAGGAACUACAAUUUUGGUGGAGAGUUUGUAGAAGCCAUGAUUCGUCAGCUUAAAGAAUGCCUGAAAGUCAAUAUGUAUAACCAAGCUGUGCAUUUAGUUCGUUUUCUAUCUGAUCUUGUGAACUGUCACGUAAUAGCUGCGCCUUCAAUGGUAGCUAUGUUUGAGAACUUUGUGAGUGUGACACAGGAGGAAGAUGUGCCCCAAGUACGAUGUGACUGGUACGUAUUUGCAUUUCUGUCUUCUUUGCCGUGGGUGGGAAAGGAGUUAUAUGAGAAAAAGGACGCUGAAGUGGAUCGUCUCUUGUCUCAGACUGAAAGCUAUUUGAAACGCCGGCAGAAGAUUCAUGUACCCAUGCUACAAGUUUGGACUGCUGAUAAGCCACAUCCACAAGAGGAGUAUUUAGACUGCCUUUGGUCUCAGAUCCAGAAGUUGAAAAAAGACCGCUGGCAAGAACGACACAUUCUGAGGCCCUAUUUGGCUUUUGACAGUAUUCUUUGUGAAGCGCUGCAGCACAAUCUGCCUCCAUUCACCCCUCCGCCUCACACCGAAGAUUCAGUGUACCCCAUGCCAAGGGUUAUUUUUAGAAUGUUUGACUACACGGAUGACCCCGAGGGCCCCGUCAUGCCAGGCAGCCACUCUGUUGAACGAUUUGUGAUAGAAGAGAACCUUCACUGCAUCAUCAAAUCCCACUGGAAAGAGAGAAAGACUUGUGCUGCACAGCUGUUGAGCUAUCCAGGCAAUAACAAGAUCCCCUUGAACUACCACAUCGUAGAGGUAAUAUUUGCUGAGUUGUUUCAACUUCCAUCUCCACCGCACAUUGAAGUCAUGUACACAACGCUCCUGAUUGAACUCUGCAAGCUUCAGCCCGGCUCUUUGCCACAAGUUCUUGCACAAGCCACCGAAAUGCUGUACAUGCGUUUGGAUACGAUGAAUACAACAUGUGUGGACAGAUUUAUUAACUGGUUUUCUCACCACUUGAGCAACUUUCAGUUCCGUUGGAGCUGGGAAGAUUGGUCAGAUUGUCUUACUCAGGACCUUGAGAAGCCCAAACCCAAAUUUGUGAGAGAGGUUUUGGAAAAAUGCAUGCGACUCUCCUACCACCAGCGAAUAAUAGACAUUGUUCCUGCAAGUUUUUCCGUCCUCAGUCCUGCUAAUCCAGUGUGCAUUUACAAAUACGGAGAUGAAAGUAAUAGGUCUCUUCCUGGAUAUACUGUGGCGCUCUGUCUAACAAUUGCCAUUAAAAAUAAGGCCAGUAAUGAUGAAAUCUUCAGCAUUUUAAAAGAUGUGCCUAAUCCAAACCAGGAUGAUGAUGAUGAUGAAGGAUUUUCCUUCAACCCUCUGAAAAUAGAAGUGUUUGUUCAGACUCUGCUCCAUCUAGCUGCAAAGUCUUUCAGCCAUUCCUUCAGUGCCCUGGCAAAGUUUCAUGAAGUCUUCAAAACGCUCGCUGAAAGUGAUGAGGGCAAACUCCAUGUUCUGAGGGUUGUAUAUGAGGUUUGGAAGAAUCAUCCACAGAUGAUUGCUGUGCUUGUGGACAAGAUGAUUCGGACACAAAUUGUUGACUGUGCUGCAGUAGCAAACUGGAUCUUCUCUUCGGAGCUUGCACAUGAUUUCACUAGGUUUUAUAUCUGGGAGAUCUUGCAUUCCACAAUUCGUAAGAUGAAUAAGCACGUUCUGAAGAUUCACAAAGAACUGGAGGAGACUAAGGCAAGAUUGGCCAGGCAGCACAAAAGACGAGACAGUGACGAUGACGAUGACGAUGAUGACCGCAGCAGCGAUCGGGAGGAUGGGCCACUGGAAGAGCAGAUAGAGCGCCUGCAGGAAAAAGUCGAGUCAGCCCAGAGCGAGCAGAAGAAUCUCUUCCUUGUUAUCUUCCAGCGUUUCAUUAUGCUGUUAACUGAGCACUUGGUGCGCUGCGAGACGGGUGGAAUUGACGUGUUCACACCCUGGUACAGGAGUUGUAUAGAGAGGUUGCAACAGAUCUUCCUACAGCAUCACCAGAUCAUCCAGCAAUACAUGGUUACCCUAGAGAACCUCCUGUUUACAGCUGAACUGGACCACCAUAUACUGGCCGUGUUUCAGCAGUUCUGUGCUCUGCAGGCUUGAGGAUUAUUCACGGGCAGAGUCUUGUCUGCAGGACUUUAGUGAAUUUGACGUUUGGUUUUUUUACAUGAUAAAACUUGAUAUGGGGAUAGAAAAAUUUUUUGACUAAAACUGGCUUUCGUGUGCUCCUAUAUAAAACAAUACAGUACUCUAACCAACAGCAAACUGUGUAAGCAUCAUAAGCCUUAUAAGAGAUGGCUGAUAGGGGAUAGACGUGAAGUAUGAAUUCUUUUCUUUGUCUUUUAACUUGGUUUGACUUUUGACUUUAUAAUAGUAUUUUUGUUUCUUCUUUUUUGUUUUUAUAAAAAUCAGGAAAAAAAGAAAAGCCAAAAAAAAGCCCCGACAUAAAAGCCCUCGAACAAUAGAAUUUGUUAGCCUGGCCUUUAAAUCAUAGGAAUUACAGAAAUGAGAAACAGUUGAUACUGGUUUGUGAGUAUGAAAGGGAUGCACCUUCUCAGUGAACAGUGUGGUAACUUCUCUAGUAUGGCAUAGAAAAAGUGUCUUAACUUUGGGGAUGUGAAACACUUGAGUUUAAGCUUUCAAAGUAGUAUAGAGCAUUUGGAUUUGUUACUGAGCCAGCUAGGUUUUCAGUUUGAAAGAACAUGGUUGUAAUACAGUUGGAAUAUGGUUUUUUAAAUUUAUUAUCUAGUGUCUUAUUACAGCAGCUACAAACAAGUGGUAGAGGAACUUCAUGGGCAGCAUCUGAAAAACUCAGUCCUCCUCAAAGUGUGGUCGAAGAGUCAUAAAUUGCUCCUGUCAGGAGUCUUUACUGGUACACAGAGACAGCAAACCAGGGUUGGAGUGGAGCGGACUGGUGACUUCUGUGCUUCAGGCCCUACCUGGGUGUUGGGAGGUCCAGCACCCGGUGCCAGGGCAGCUUCUGGCAGGACCUGCUUCAGCUUCUUCCUGUAUUUCAGCCUGUUGGGCUGCCACACUUGCACUAGGCUGAACCGCAGGGAUGCCAGAAAUCUUCCCAGUUAAUGGUGCUGGAUGAACCAAGUGCUCUCCCUUUAUCUAGCUUAGUAACAGCAGCUUUGCAGUGUCUGCAUCUGCUGCUGUUCCCUUGGUUUAAACAUGCGAUAACAGAACGCGGUUCCCACGUCUUCAGAAAACAUUUUAAUGCUGAAUUAGGCGAUAUCUCACAGAGGAGGCAAAACAACCUGAGAAUAGAGUAGCCUCAGUUUUGAGUUACACAGAUAACAUUACGUACAUAAACACCAAGCCAGUGUGGUCUCUAUUAGGGUAAGCAGUGACAGAUGGUAAGGCGCUGCCUUAGGUGCUCCAGUUUGCCAGCAUACAGGGCAUUUCCAGGCUGCUCUUAGCCUCUUGAUUAUUCAGGUGAAUGUUUAAAGAGUUGCAUAGCCAUUGCCAGUCAGUUUAAGCUUAGAAAGUGACGAGCUUUGAGCAAGUCUGUUCCUGUAUGAUUUUUUUUUUGUUUGUUUUCCAAGCAUUAUACCUGUUAAGGUAUUUCAGCAAUAUUUCAGGAUCAACUGACCUCCUAAUCAACUGAGGAGGUUGAAAACGGAGCUUCCUACUUUGACAUAAGUUUGUAUGUGGCCCAUAGCAUUCCCAUGUAUCCUCAUAGACUUAGAUUUGUUACUUCUUCUUUCUCUACUGAUUUGGUUCUUCCUUCCAUUAUUUCAGGGUAUACUGUUACUUGUUACUUGUAAAUUUGCUUUAUGCAAGGGUUUUGUCAGUCAUGCACAGACUAAUGCUUCAGAUAUUUUUUUGUUAUUGUUCUUGAGUAAUCAAAUAGCUGUUUGGGUAUUUUUUAAAGAAACAUUUAAUACUGUAGAGGUUUUAAUUGGGUUUUAAUAGUUUUUUCACUGGCUUGGACCAGUGUCAGAGUUCUGCUACUAGCUAAUGGUGGGGGUCUGACUAUAAAUGGGACUUCCAUAAUAAUGCAGUUAGUUAAAACUUGCAAACCUGUAACUUCCUCUGAGCCUUGACAAAUACGGGUGCUGGAGAUCCAGUUGCACAUGCCUAGGCGUAAUCCUACAAUUUAAAACCACCUAGCAAUGUCUUUCAGAAUCGGUUUGAUUUACAUGGCGAUCAUGGGCUGUGAUUACAUUUCCUGCCACCUUCCCCUCUCUGUGGGUCCAGCGCUGUACACCUGACUUGACCGGCACACUGGAGACGCUUACAUAGCAAUACCAGCAGCUGACUGGAGAACCCUGCAACUGCCGAAGCAUGGGGUGGGUGGCGGGUAGUGUAAAGAUGCUGUAGAAAUGUGGUGUGGUUGGGGG